AUGUCGCAAUAUAUUGGAAAGACCAUCUCCUUGAUCUCCAACAAGGGCAUUCGUUAUGUUGGGAUCUUAGAUAACAUCAAUGGUGAAGAAGCUACUGUUGCUUUGAAACAAGUCAGACCUCUUGGUACGGAAGGUAGAGCAGAAAAUCCAGCUUUGGAAAUCCCUGCAAGUAAUGAUGUCUAUGAGUACGUUGUAUUCAGAGGGUCCGAUGUCAAGGAUUUGUCAGUGUUAGACGUUCCUCCAAGUCAAGUUCAACCACAAGUCGCAGCUCCUCCCCCUCCUCCUCCUCCUCCUCCAAUGCCACAACAACAACCAGGAUACUAUGGAUACCCACCUCAACAGCCACCACAGGCCUACGGAUCGAUGCCACCUCAACAACAGGCACCUCAAGGUUUCUCUCACCCACCAACUCAGGCCCCAGCCGUCGCCACUCCUGUUAGUCAACCAGCUGCUCAAGCUUCAGCUGAAUCUUAUGAAAAGUCGGAGCAAACUGAAACUGCUCCACAGGUAUCCGAAACCACUGAACCUGCUCAUGUUCCAUCUGCUGCUCCAGCUUCUGCUGCUGCAAUUUCUGAUGCUGCAAAGGUACAACGCCGUCAACGUGGUGUCGAAAUUCCAAACUCCGAUUUUGAUUUCGCUUCAAACAAUGCCAAAUUUGCCAAAGAUGAUGGUACUGAAAAGCCUGCAGAAAACUUUUACAACAAGAAAUCUUCCUUCUUCGACACUAUCUCGUCCUCGACCGACAAAACAACUGAUGAGCCAGUGAGAUAUAACGACAUGGAAACUUUUGGUGAAACCAGAAGAUUCAACAAUAGAGGUAGAGGCAGAGGCAGAGGUAGAGGCGGUAGAGGUAGAGGUAGAGGCGGUUAUUACAACAAUAAUAACAACAACAGCAGCAACAGCAACAGCAACUACAACAACAGCAACUACAACAACAGCAACUACAACAACAGACGUUAUAACAAUAACAAUAAUAAUAACAAUAAUCAUCAACAAAGAGAAGAACAACCACAAUGGUGA